AUGGCUUCAAGCAGACUCUCUCAAAUUGACAUUCCGGAAUCGUAUGCACAAUUGCCCCUCACUCAGGUUCUGGUGUCGCAUUAUCCCGAAUCAUCCCCGACCGCGACGCCAGUCAUUGUUGUCACCUUGAACCGGCCACAAAGGCUCAAUGCAUACACGCCGACCAUGGCGAUUGAGUUGGAAAGAGUCUUCGGGCUCUUGGACCGCGACGAACGGGUCAAAGUAGUCGUUCUGGCUGGGGCAGGAAAGAGCUUCUGUGCGGGAGUCGACCUCGAAGGGGGCCUCUCGGGCGGCGCAGAGGAAGAGAAGACUCGUGACGCCGACUACAGAGACGGAGGGGGGCGGAUAUCACUAGCCAUUCACCGCUGCUCGAAGCCUACCAUCGCAGCGAUCCAUGGCGCUGCAGUCGGGGUCGGCAUAACCAUGUGCUUGCCCGCAUGCGUUCGGAUUGCGUACUCCAAGGCCAAAAUCGGGUUUGUCUUCGCUCGGCGGGGCCUCGUCCUGGAAGCUUGCUCGUCUUAUUACCUCCCGCGACUGAUCGGAUUCUCCAAGGCGCUUUACCUGACCACCACGGGCUUGGUCUACCCUGCGGACAGUCCUUAUUUCGGCGCACUCAUGUCUGAACUGGUCUCGACACCGGAGCAGGUCCUUCCGAGAGCUCUGGAACUGGCUGACGAGGUUGCCAAAAAUACAUCACUUGUCUCCACCAAAUUGAUGAGAGAAAUGAUGUAUAGGGGCCCCGAUAGUCCAGAGGGCGCGCACUUGUUGGAUUCCAAGAUUACUCACGCAUUGGCUACCAGCAAAGACUUCAAUGAGGGUGUCCGGAGCUUUCUCGAGAAGCGGCCACCCCAUUUCACAGCGGACGUCCUUCACGAUGCACCCAAUGUCUAUCCAUGGUGGCCUCAGAUCGACACCAGCCCUGGAGCUUCGGGGAGAAAUAAGUCGAAGUUGUGA